AACUAUAUUUAUGGAUUAUUUCACACUGGAAUAAACUUUAUUGGUUUCGCUUUAUAAUAACAUUUUUUGCUUUCUUUCGUUUUGAAAAUAACGCUUUAGCUAACCUGAAUUUUGACAAUUUUUUAUCAAUGUAAUAACAUUUAUAGCUAGCCUUCGAAAUCGUAUUUUAAAAACACAAAAGUUGUAAAAAACCAAGAUCAAAGUUUUUAUUAUACUUUUUUAGUUCAAAUUUGAAAUUUGUGAUUUAUACACCUUAGCUAGAUCCGUCGUUUAGCUACAAACAAACUCUUUGUAUAUACUUCAGUUUACAAAAAUUUUAAACAAAGUUUGAAACAAAUAUCACUGUUAGCCUGCUAGAUAAGCAUUAGUAUCGUAUUUUUUUAUCAUAUUUUUUAAAAAAGAUUUCAAACUUUUUGAAUUAUGAACGAGCAACGCCUCAAUGUUUUAUUAACGAACUUUGUGAAUGAAAAAAACAUUAGGAAGAAAAAGUAAAAACCUCAACAUAUUUUUCCUGUUUAAUUAAUUCCAUCGAUUUUUCUUAUGUAAAGCUUUUAUAAUGUGUUACGAGAAGAAGCUAUUAUUUUUCUCAAUUCUCCACCAUUAUUUAAAUUCAUUUUUCGGAAAAAACAAGCCCCGAGUUUUUUAUCGAGCGUAUUUUUGAAGCAAAACAAAACACCGAAAAUUUGAGAACCUGCGUAGACCCACUCACUUUAGUAUGAUGCACAACUGGUCAACAUAAAAGAACUCAUUUGCUUUUCUUUUUGAAUUUCUUCUGUAUUUGUGUGUGUUUUCGCAUUCUUCUGAAGGUUGUUUUUGUUUCAAGUUUACAUAUAUUUAGAAAGGACCAAGCUGAUGAGUCUGAUGGAAGUAUGAAAAAAGAAGAAGUGGUAACGGAAAAAAUGAAAGCAGCUUACAAAAAAACGAAAGAAAAAAAGAUUAUCGAGAAUAUUGAAAACGGUUAUUCACAUGGUAAACACCAACAACAAAAAAUCCAGAGACUAGGAAAAAAGAAGAACGGUGUUAAUGACGAUGUUACCGCAACUGGCGAUGUUACGACGAAGAAACGAAGUAAAAAGGAAAUCGAAAAGAAAGGGAACGGAGAGAAAGCUCGUUCAGACUCUCCUGGUAUGGACUUAAGCGUGUUCCAACCACGUGGAAAGCGAAGGUGUGUCAUACAAAACGAAUCGAAGAAAGCAAAAGAAGAGUGGUGGAGUGACGACGACGAUGAGGAAGAAAAACACGACGCUGACAACAAUGACAAGGCUGAUGUAACUGACGACGAGAACGGUGAGCAACCAACGGCAAAUAAAAAGAAACGAAAAACAACAAAAGCUGAGAAGACAGCCGAUACAAAUCCCGUUACUAAAACAGUUCGUUGUUACGUGUUUUCAACUGGGAUGGCUAACCGAGCGGGUCAUGCGGUACAUAAAGGAAGAUACGCUAGUGUGACGGAGUAUCAUCAUGCCCAAAAGUGGUCCACACCGUAUCUAAGUGCAGAAGUACACUGUAGGCCUUUCCAUCCAGAUUUUGAGGAACAAGAAGAGGUUAAAGAUUUAGCUCCAAAUCAUUUUAACAUGUCCGCCGUAAAGCGUGACGAAGAAGAGGAAACUAAUUCUCCCGCUCUUGACACUGAAACAAAGUUUCAACCUCAACGGAGGAGUCCUGUAGUGGUGCCCCGAGAACGUCUACUUAGCGUUGAUAGUUGGCAGAAAGAACAAGUGAUUGAAGCAGCUAAAAAAAUGAGCGGAAUCAACGAUCCACAACAUAGAGACACGCAAAGUCCUCGAAGUUUUGUUACUGCCGGCUCUGUGGCGACCGGAACAAUUAAUAACGUUGCAAAACCCCCUGACAAAAACAAUGCAGAUUCGGACUCUUCUCCACAAACUGUGCCGAAAUUUACUGAAGUUUCCAAUAAAGACACUGAUAAGGGAUCUUAUGGGAAUACCAUAUUUAGUCACGCGAAUACCAUAUUUAGUAUUGAAAAGAUGACAGCAUCGUCUGAAGAUAUCUCUCGCAAGAAGGACUUAAACAGCCCUCCUCAGUUAGUCCCAACUUUUUCGCAAGAAACUGUAGAAAGUAAAAACAAUUCAUAUCCCGCAGACAUUACUAAUUUGAAAGAACAACUUCGUUACCAUUCCCCUAAGAGGUUUGGUCACGAUUUGACUAGUAAUUAUAAAUUGCUAAACGAAUCACGUGAUAGCAGUGUCCGACCAACAGUACUCAGUAUGCUAGGGGAUCGACAUGAAAAUGAUAAUAUUCGCAGUACACUUGAUGUAGCUGAAAAAGCAUUAAAAGAGUCAAGAACGUUACCUCUUCCAUAUAAACAUUCAGGACCAAUCCUUCCACGUGAUGUACAUCCUGCUCUGUUUAUGUCGAGACAUUCUCCGCACACAUCAGCAUUUAAUGGUCAUAUACCUUCUAGUGUAAUGUUUUCACGUCACCACUCCGUUGACCCGUUCACGUCUUCGAAAUCACUGGGAGUGACUUCAUUUCAACCACCACACACUGCAGAACAUUUUUUAAACCGUAACCCACCUAUAAUUGCUCCGUUCAGACACCCCCUACAUAGUCCAAAUGGAUUUCAGGAAGCAGAAAAAUUAAGUGAAAAAUACAAGGCACUUUCCUCAUUUAAUCAAAGACCCUCUUCCCUACCCAUGCUUACCUCCGCUGUGGAAAGUCGUAUACCAAAAUCUUUUUCUGUAGAAAGUUUAACCCGAGUACAAGAGAAGGACAAAACGCCCCAAAUGGACGCCCGCAAUGGUCAACACGAUGAGGCGUUAAAAUUGAGUAUACAACCUGGAACAAUACCAGAUAGACAUUUUGCAUUUCGUGAUCGGUUGCACAUGCCACAAACAAAUCUUCAUAACGGAGUAAAGCGUCCAUUUGACGAACAUUUACCCAGCCAUUUUAUGGAGAGGGUACAUCGAGACAAAAAAAUAUUUGAACAUUUACACGAAGAACAACUCCAACGAGAAAAAGAAAGAUUUUUGUUAGAUAAAGAACGUUACAUCCACCAUCCUAGGUUUCCGUUGCACGAGCCGUGGUCAUCUGCAUCUGCAGAACGAGUGCGACCAGGCUAUGUACCGCGAACUUUACCGAAUACUAACGAGCGAAGUGGAGAUCUUCCUUCGCCGCCUUAUCAUGCAGCAUACGCUCAAAUGCAUCGUUUAAAUCCGUAUCCCUUCACGAAUCGGUAACGAUAAAUAUCGUUCUUAAUUUGGUUACGAAGUUUGGAUAAUUUCUAAUUGUAUAUUUUUUUAAAUCUUCGGUUAGCCACUGACUUUUUUACGCCGGUCGUAAUUUAAGACAUUCGCGCAUGGUUUCAUAUACGUUGUUUUUGUUUACGUGUUUGCAAACAAACUCAGGCAGCGGAAGACUAACGUCUUCUAAAACUGUUGUGGAUAGGGUGGGCAACUGUAUUAAGAAGAAUGCUGAAACAAAGUCAACUUUGUUAGUGUUCCAUGUUUGUUUUAGUGAGUUUGACCACAUGAAUAUAAAUGCAAAUAAACCGGCGUUAUCUUAGGACCGGCGUAAAAAGAAAUGUAUUCAGGGGACGCACAUUUAUAUGAAUGUUUUAUACUUGUGUAUAUAUUAUUUUCAAGGAAUACAAGUUUUAAUUCUCCUUUUA